AUGAGAGAUGCCCAUUUUGGAGUCAAGGUGAUUUUGAUGGUCUGUUCGGGGUGUUGGAAUAUAAGAGAUUCGAGUUCUUUGGCCUUUGAAUCUCUAGAGACCGGUAAAGAAGAAGAAGAAGAGGAAGCCGAGUGUCGGUUACGAGAGAAUCUGCGGGACAGGAUUGUUUGA